AUGCCUAAGGAUGGGCACCUGGACACCUGGUGGCUCCUCGGCCCGCAGGUGGCGGAGUGCCCUGACAUUUUGGUGCAGGUGGCGGACCCGUGGGUGGCCCUCGGGGACUUCUUGGUGUCCGCCACCGUCGUUCCCGCCGUGGUGAUCUUGCUCCUGCCCUUCACCGGGCUCUACACGCCGUCCUGGCUGGACGCCUUCUACGCCGGAGGGCAGCCGCUUCAGGCGGCCUUCGUGGUGCUGGGAGGCCAGCUGGCCACCUCGUGGAUCUUCGCGGCCGUUGCCACGGGCGCCUACGCCGACAAGGCGGUGGACUCCAGCAACCUCGCCAACACGCUGCGGGGCACCUGGCUCGCGGGGGCCGUGGCCACGGCGCUGCUGGUGGUCAUUGCGGCCGUGAGCCUGCUGACCGACUGCGUGACCGGCGGGUGUACGGACGUGAUGGGCGACAUCUCAGCCUCCCUCGUCGACGUCAUCGUGGCGGCCCAGCCGGCUGCGGACUGGAGCCGCGCGGGCGGCAGGUAA